GGGCUGGCCCGCCGGCACGGCACGGCACGGCACGGCACGGCGGAGCGGGGCUGCAGCCGCGCACUGGGGGCUGGAGCCGGCUCUGUGGACGCCCUGCUCAGCACCCGUGCCGCGGUGCAGGAUGGGCGCUGCGGUGCUGCCAGCAGCCUCCUGCGUGCUGCUGGCCCUGCUCCCCGCAGCCAGCGGGCAGACCAGCCCUCCCUCCGGCUGCGGCACCGACCUCUCCUCCCUCUACUACAACCUCUGCGACCUCUCGGCAGCCUGGGGCAUCGUGCUGGAGGCCGUGGCCAGCCUCGGCGUGGUGACCACCUUUGUGCUCACCAUUGUCCUGGUGGCCAGCCUGCCCUUUGUCCAGGACCCUCAGAAGAAGAGUCUGGUGGCCACUCAGGUCUUCUUCCUCCUGGGCACCUUCGGGCUCUUCUGCCUGACAUUUGACUUCAUCGUGGGGCCGGACUUCUCCACCUGCGCCUCUCGCCGCUUCCUCUUCGGCGUCCUCUUCGGUAUCUGCUUCUCCUGCCUGCUGGCGCACGCCGUGGCCCUCAACUUCUUGGUGCGGAGGAACCGUGGCCCGCGGGGCUGGGUGACGUUGGCGGUGGCCCUGCUCCUCGCCUUGGUGGAGGUCAUCAUCAACGCCGAGUGGCUCAUCAUCACGGUGGCGCGGCCGGAGGGCGGCUCGCCGGACCCUUGCCGGCUGGAGGACGCCGACUUCGUCAUGGCGCUCAUCUACGUCAUGUUCCUGCUGGCGGCUGCCUUCGGCACGGCCUGGCCGGCCCUCUGUGGCCGCUACGGCCGCUGGCGCAAGCACGGCGCCUUCAUCCUGGCCACCACCAGCCUCUGCCUGGCCAUCUGGGUGGCCUGGGUGACCAUGUACCUCUACGGGAACCAGCUGGUGGGUGAGAAGCCCGGUUGGGAUGACCCCACGCUGGCCAUCGCGCUGGUGUCCAACGCCUACGCCUUCCUCCUCCUCUACGUCAUCCCCGAGGUGACGCACGUGACGCGGCGCAGCCCCGACCUGCCCUUUGAGGAUGACGUGUACCCCACGCGUGGGGUGGGCUACGAGACCAUCCUCAAGGAGCAGAAGUCACAGAGCAUGUUUGUGGAGAACAAAGCCUUCUCCAUGGAUGAACCCUCCUUCGGCAAGAAGCCCGUGUCCCCGUACAGUGGCUACAACGGGCAGCUGCUCACCAGCGUCUACCAGCCCACCGAGAUGGCUCUGAUGCACAAGGCGCCGACUGAAGGUCCCUACGACGUGAUCCUGCCCCGCGCCUCCACCGCCAGCCCGGCGGCCGGCAGCGCCAGCUCCACGCUGCGAGCCGAGGACGCCUUCGCGGCACAGGCCCGGCACACCGGCAGCCAGCGGGAUGGCAGGAGCUGCCAGGUGCCGUCACCGUACGGCAGGAGCCGCUGGUGAAGCCUUCGCCGUGGCACAGCCGUGGUCACGCUCCCAGGGCCUCGCCAGCCACCUCCCACUGCUCCCAGCCGGCAGCCGGAGCCGGUUCCUGCGCAGGGGACACCCAGGACACGGACUCCACACCCCUCUGCUGGCCCUGCCCCGAGGACAGAGCCGUCCCCUCGCUGCCUUCGUGACACACGGACGCCCCAGCCCCCAGGCUGAGGAGCUGGUGGGACUCCUGCCAGGGGCUCCCACCCCCCCGCCAUCCCACCCCAGGGCACAAGGUGAUGUGAAGAUGUCCCCAGCUCUGCCUCCCGCUGUGCCUCAGUUUCCCCGUUGCUGGGGAAGGGGAGGCUGCUUAGAGGCUGGGGGAUCAGUGCCUUGCUGGGCUUGGGGACCCGGCCCCCCUCAGCUCUGGCUGCCUUCUGAGUGCCUUCCCCCCUCAGGGAUCCCUCCCAGGGAGCAGGGGGGGAGUGGGGCCCCUCACCCUCCUUCUGGCUUUCUCUGUCAGUUUUUCCUCUUCCCCCUUUUUUCAGGU